AUGGCCCAGCUAUCCGGUUCCCAUUUCGACUUAAAGGUGUAUGACUACAAAGAUGCUCUUGGAUUAGUUAGAGACCAAUAUGGUUUCUCAAGCAUAUAUCUCCAUUGGUCCAUACCGCCAUCCUGUCAACAUUGUGAAGAGAAGGGUUGUCAGCUGAAGAAUGAAUUCACAAAUCAGACAGAUCCUCAAACUCAGUGCUUGGAUGUACCCAAAGCCAAAGGUCACAAACUUGGAGCUCCAACUAUAAAGAUAUUAGGUUAUUGCACCGUUUCUAUUAUUCUUAUAGUGACGGGGACAAUAAUCUACUAUGUCUAUAGCUCUGUCAAAAGAGAAGAAGAAAAUCAGCUGAGAAUUAAAAGAUUUUUGGAUGACUACAGAGCUCUUAAGCCAAGCAGAUAUUCUUAUGCAGAUAUUAAGAGGAUAACAGAGCAGUUCAAGGAGAAGCUGGGUCAAGGGGCAUAUGGAACUGUGUUUAAAGGUAAACUUUCCUCUGAAUUUCUUGUUGCUGUGAAAAUCCUCAACAAUUCAAAUGAGAAAGGGGAAGAUUUUAUUAAUGAAGUGGGCACAAUGGGUCAAAUCCACCAUGUCAAUGUAGUACGCUUGGUUGGUUACUGUGCUGAUGGCUUUAUACGAGCUCUUGUUUAUGAAUUCUUACCAAACGGUCCACUCCAGAAUUACUUAUCAUCAGCAGAUAAUGAGAGUUCGUUCCUUGGUUGGGAUCAGUUGCAAGAUAUUGCUUUAGGUAUAGCGAAAGGAAUUGAAUAUCUUCACCAAGGUUGUGAACAACAAAUCCUCCACUUUGACAUCAAACCCCAUAAUGUGUUGCUAGACCAUGAUUUCACUCCAAAAGUUUCCGAUUUUGGUUUAGCCAAGUUGUGCUCUAAGGAUCAAAGCGCGGUAUCCAUGACCGCAGCGAGGGGAACCAUGGGCUAUAUUGCACCAGAAGUCUUCUCUAGGAACUUUGGUAACGUGUCAUAUAAGGCAGAUGUCUAUAGUUUUGGAACAUUGCUUCUUGAAAUGGUUGGGGGCAGAAAGAAUUUUAAAGUCAUGGAAGACUCCACCAGCCAGGUCUACUUCCCAGAAUGGAUCUAUAACCUCUUAGAACAAGGGAACGACCUUCGCAUCCAUAUUGGAGACGAAGGAAAUGUUGAAAUUGCUAAGAAACUUGCGGUUGUGGGUCUAUGGUGCAUCCAAUGGUAUCCAAUAGACCGUCCUUCCAUGAAAAUAGUAGUUCAAAUGUUGGAAAGGGAAGGUGACAAUCUGACCAUGCCUCCUAAUCCUUUUACCUCUACUUCAUCUUCGAGUUGAAUGAGAAUUCAUGUGCC